UCUCCAAAGAACGAUCGGACAGCUCAGAAGAAGACGACCAGACUAGGGAAGGGAAGGCUUUCUGCUUCAUACUAUUACAGAUCGCCGAACGUUGAUCUCCGAAUCCGACUACUUGAAGAUAAGCGUUGGAGAGAGUAAACCGUAAGCGUAAGAGAUGAGCGGAGGAGUGGGUGGAGAAAAGGGUUCGAUGACCUCGACGAAGACCCCGGCGGAUUUCCUCAAAUCGAUCCGCGGUAGACCUGUCGUUGUGAAGCUUAACUCCGGUGUCGAUUACAGAGGUAUCCUAGCCUGCCUUGAUGGAUACAUGAACAUAGCAAUGGAGCAAACCGAAGAGUACGUCAACGGCCAGCUGAAGAACAAGUAUGGAGAUGCUUUCAUUCGAGGAAACAACGUUCUCUACAUCAGUACUUCUAAGAGGACACUUCCGGAUGGGACGUAGCCUCCAGGAGAAAGUAGGGACUAAUGAUAGCAAUAACUCCUCCAACAAUGCUAAACAAGACCAAGGAAAAUCCUUUAAGCCUCUGAUUCUCUGUGUCCUUGUGUGAUGUUUUUGGCUUUGGAUGCUUGAUGGACGAGUGCCAUUGGUAUGCAAUGUUUCUUUUAAAUAUAGAUAGAAGAACAUAAACCUUGAUUUACCUACAAAUAUAUGGUCCUUCACCAAGGACAAAGUAUACUAGAAAUGCCACUAAUACUGCUGAAAGGGGGUUAAACAUUGUGACAA